AUGUCUGGGCUGUUUUGGAAAUUUAGCAAUGGGUUCACAUCCCUAUCAAAUAUUACCACCUUACUUGAAAACUAUAAUCUGAAUCAAGAACAGAAUGAUUCCCUGUCGGUGAAUACGAAUAAAGUAGAAGAAGAACAGCGUGACGUGCUUAUUAAAUUAUUGGAUGAAAAUGACUUACUACAGGAGCUUUUGUCUAAUAACCCAAUGUUAUUGGAGUUUUUGAGAGAUGAACAUGUGUUGAGUAUGUUGGUUGAUAUUGUUAUAUCAAACGAUUCUGAAACGGAGACUCUGGAGGAUAAGAAAGGAGCAAAGGGAAAAGACACAGUCACCACUCCAAAAGAUGCCAGCAAACCAUCUGACUCGAAAGAAGAGGAGACUCAUGAAGAACUGUCGUCCGGUGACAAAAGGGAUGAAGAAGAACCAACCCACCAAGACUCUGGUGAUCUGGAUGACCAAGAUGACGAAGCGGAGGAUGAACUGCCUGAAGAUAGGUUCAGACGAAGGGCAACCUUGGCGUCUGAAGUUCUCAGUGCCGAUGUCUGGUCUUUGACUGAUACUGUGAUGGAGUCUACUGAAAAUCUCAAUAAGUUGUGGAGUGUCUUGGAUUCAAAGGAUGCACUUGACAUUCAUGUGUCAACACAUUUUAUGAAAAUUAUGGAGCAUUUACUCGACAUGAAAUGUGAUGAAAUGAUCACCUAUCUUAUAGACAAUCAACCAAAUUUGGUGGAAAAAUUUAUCAACCAUUUAUCUAAUCCACCAUUGAUGGAUUUCUUGCUAAAAUUAAUUUCCACUGACAAACCUGAUAACUCGACUGGUAUAAUAGAAUUCUUGCAAAAUCAAGACCUAAUUUCACACUUGAUAAAUGCAUUGGAUGUGUCAGAUGUUCCUGAGAGUGAUACAGAGAAAGGCAGCAAAAGUCAUGAGUUACUUUUAAUUGAACAAAGCUCAGCUGCAGACUUUCUCAAGGCACUAAUAACGAUUUCAGCAAAUUCUACCGCUGAUAAUUCAACUAUAGGACCCAAUGAACUUACAAGAGAGCUUGUUUCGAAGCAACAAAUGACUAGGCUAUGUGAUAUCAUGCUUAAAGGUGGGUACGCCUUGGCAAAUGGUGUAGGGAUUAUUAUUGAGAUCAUCAGAAAGAACAACUCAGACUAUGACAUAUUGCCUGUAUUAUAUAUCACCUUGGAAAGUCAUCCACCAACUGGAAGAGACCCAAUUUAUCUUGGUCACUUGUUGAGGGUAUUUGGAGAACGAAUUCUGGAUUUUAAUGAGUUGUUGAUCAAAGAGCAUACUGAUUCUAAAUUGAGAACACCGUUUGGUGUGAUUCAACCAUUAGGAUUUGAGAGAUUUAAAAUUUGUGAAUUGAUAGCUGAGUUGUUGCAUUGUUCUAACAUGGCAUUGUUGAAUGAUAACAAAGGCUUCGAUGUUGUGAAAGAGCGUGAUGAAUUGAGAACAAAAAUGAAGGAGUAUGAUCCAAUUAGCUUUAAGUACAAUGAGGCUAUCACGUUACCUCAUGAAGACGAAGAAAACGAAGAAAUUAAUGAUGCUGAUGAGACAGGCAACUCAAUCAGGGACGACACUAUUGAUGAAUUUAACAAGCAGGAGGACACCAUUGACGAGGAUGAACCACAUGCAAAUUCUAAUUUAACUGAAGAACAAAUUAGGGCAAAUCCAGUAGUGGGUGACUUUUUGAAAAUUGCAUUGUUCGACACGCAGAUUAUUUCCAAUAUAUUAUCAAUGUUUUUCCGCUUUCCUUGGAACAACUUUUUGCACAAUGUUGUGUUUGAUGUCGUGCAACAGGUAUUAAAUGGAUCCAUGGAUAUUGGAUUUAAUAAAUUUUUGGCCAUUGAUUUGUUUCACCUGGCUGAUAUCACCAACAAGAUUAUCGAAGGUCAAAGGCUAUGUACCGAUUAUGAAACCAGCCACAACGGUUUACGUUUGGGAUUUAUGGGUCAUUUGACCUUAAUUGCGGAAGAGGUUGUCAAGUUUGUGCAAUUGUUCCCAUCAAACACAUUGAGUGAAUACAUUAAUGAAAAAAUUGAGAGCGAUGUGUGGGAGGAUUAUGUGAGUAACGUGUUAUAUGAUACUCGAGAAAAGUAUAAUGCCAUUUUGGGGGGAAAUGAGGAUGAAGACGACAGAGAUGAGGAAGACAAUACAACGUUUGACGAAGGGUUGGGUGAGAUUAUCGAAGAGGUUAAAACUGGAUUGGUUUUCCAUGACGAUGAGGAAAGAGAAGUUGAAGAGGCUCAUGAUGAGGAUACUGGUAAUGGUGACGACGAAGAGAAGAGUGACGAAAGUAAAGCCAAAGAUAAGAAGGAUUUGUUAGAUAGUGAUGAAUCGGAAUCUGACGAGGAUGAUCAUUUUUCGAACUACAUGUCGCAACAACUCGCCAAUACUUCAAAUAACGCAAACCAGGAACGUGAAGAGAGUUCAAGUGAGGAAGAUGAGGAUGACAAACAUAUUACAAAUGAAGGUGACGCUGAUGACUAUAUAGAUCCUAAUGAUGACGGUAUGUCAUACAAGAAAUCCAACCCGUUGUAUGAUAGUAAGGGUGAAUUGAAAAAUGCACAUCCUGAGUUUGAUAAGGAUGCAGAUGACGAUUCAGAUUCAAGUUCAAACUCAAGUUCAGAUGAGGAGCUUGACGCAGAUGCUCCUAAAUUGACGAGAUCUGCAAGCAAAAAUUAA